CGCGGGUUGCGCGCUGCGCAGCCGCCUCCAACCCACCGCGCAGCCGGGGGAGGCUGCUGCGCCGCGGGCGGGGGAGGCAGCCAGGAGAGGAAGGAAGGAAAAGACGGAAAAAGAUCCCCCUAGCCUCGAGGGGAGAGGGAAAUAAAAAAAAAAAGGAAAAAGAGAAAGGAGCGUGAAUGUGAAGGAAUGCGCCUGCCCGCCGCCCGCACGCUUGGAAUAAAAUAAACCGAGGAGGCUGAUUGUUGCGAAAAAGGGCAAAAGAAGGGAAAGGAGCGCGGGGAGAUAAACCGAGGAGGCUGCUGGUUGCGACUGGGAGGAAAAAAGAAGGGGAAGGAGCGCCGGGAGGAGAGCGAAGAGGCUGAAGAGGAGGCGGCUGCCGUCCCGCUGAGCGCGGAGGCUGCGCGGGGCGCGAUGCCGGCGGCGUGACCGAGCGGGGCGCUCUCCUCCGCCCCCCGCGCCGCCGCUGCCCCGAGGAUGAGCGAGGGGGCUGCCGAGGGCCCCUAGGAUGAGCGAGGGGGCUGCCGGCGCCGCGGCGCCCGGGGCGGCGGAGGCGGCGGCCGGGGCGGGGGGUCCGGGCGGGGAUGGUGCCGGGGGGCCGCCGCGGGAGCUGCGCUGCAGCGACUGCAUCGUCUGGAACCGGCAGCAGACCUGGCUGUGCGUGGUGCCCCUCUUCAUCGGCUUCAUCGGCUUGGGGCUCAGCCUCAUGCUGCUCAAGUGGAUCGUGGUGGGCUCCGUCAAAGAGUACGUCCCCACCGAGCUGAUGGACGCCAAGGGCGUGGGGCAGGACCCCUUCUUCCUCUCCAAGCCCACCGCCCCCCCCCGCGGCGCCGAGACCACCACCGCCGCCGCCGCCGCCUCCUCCACGCCGCGGCCGCCCAGCCGCGUCAGCCCCCGCCUCACCACUAUGAGCCGGGCUCCCCCGCGGCCCCCCGGGACCCGCGGGCCGGCGCGGAGCCCCCCGCGCCCCACGGCGGCUCGGCACCCCGCGGCCCCGCACACCGCGCCGCCCGCCAGCGGCACCCCCGGCACCGCCCGCCCGCCGCCCGCCGCCCCCAGCACCGCGCCGCCCGCCUGGCCCACUGCGGCACACGCUACCUCCUCCUACAAGAUCUACGUCCACGACUCGGCGCCCUCCUGGACCUUGUCUCCCUUCCAGGAGGCCACCACCACCACCACCACCGCCGCGCCGGAGGCCAGCACCACCCCCAAGAUCCAUACUACAACGUAUUCCACUGAGCGAUCUGAGCAUUUUAAGCCAUGCAAAGACAAGGAUCUUGCAUAUUGUCUCAAUGAAGGGGAAUGCUUUGUGAUUGAAACUUUGACAGGAUCACAUAAACACUGCCGGUGCAAAGAGGGCUACCAAGGAGUCCGCUGUGACCAAUUUUUGCCGAAAACCGACUCGAUCUUGUCAGAUCCAACAGACCAUUUAGGAAUUGAAUUCAUGGAGAGUGAAGAAGUGUACCAGCGCCAGGUGCUGUCUAUUGCCUGUAUCGUCUUUGGCAUAGUCGUAGUGGGCAUGCUUUGUGCAGCGUUCUACUUCAAAACAAAGAAACAAACAAAGCAAAUUCAUGAACAGCUGAAAGAAACACAGAAUAGGAAAACCUACAGCCUAAAUGCUUCCAGCAUGAUGGCAAAGUCAGAGUGUAUGGCACAAAGCCGAGUCCAGCUGCAAAAUUAUUCAAAAACAGAUAGGCAUCCUGGGCCUAUCCUGGACAAAGUUAUGGAGUCUAGUUUUUCAGGCCCUCAGUCUUUCCCAGAGGCCUUGUCUCCCGACAGAGGAACCCAACCCAUCAAGCAACAUAGAAGUCUCUCUUCAUGCUGCAGCCCAGGACAAAAAAGCGGGAUGUUACAUAGAAAUGCCUUUCGGAGGACUCCUCCCUUACCUCGGGGUAGGUUCAAUGGAAUUACAGGACCAGCAUAUCAACAGCUAGAAGAGUCAAGGAUCACAGACCAGGACACAAUACCGUGUCAUGGGUAUUCAUCCAGUGGUUUAAAAACUCCUCAGAAUACUUCAAUAAAUAUGCAACUGCCUUCAAGAGAGACAACCCCUUAUUUUAAUAACGUGGAUCAGAAGGACUUGGUCAGCUAUUCAUCUUCAAGGGCCAACUCUGUUCCCAUCAUCCCAUCUGUGGGCUUGGACGAAGCCUGCAUGCAAAUGCAAAAUGUUUCCGAAGUAACAGGCAUCAAAUGGUGCAAAAACUCCUAUUCCGCUGAACUUGUCAAUGUGAGUUCCCCAGUCAGUAAUUGUCUUAUAGCAGAACAACACGAAGUGAAAAUAUUGCUAGAAACUGUGCAGGAGCAGAUUCGGAUUCUGACGGACGCAAGGAGGUUGGAAGACUAUGAACUGACGAGCGUAGAAGCAGAGAGCAGCGCGAGUGAAAACACAGCCUUUCUGCCCAUGAGCCCCAUGGCCAAGUCAGAGCGAGAGGCACAAUUUGUCUUAAAAAGUGAAACGCCAAGAGACUCGGUAUUGACAAAGUGACUUUGGGGGGGGUUGUGGGAGGGGAAAGAAGAGAUCUGUGCAUUCGAUGCUUUGCUAAACAGGAAGGGAGGAGAUUAAAUACAAAUUAUUUAUAUGCAUUAAUUUAAGAGCAUCUACUUAGAAGAAACCAAAUAGUCAAUCGCCCUCAUAUCAUAGUGUUUUUUAACAAAAUAUUUUUUUAAGGGAAAAGUUCCAGGAGGGAUAAAGCGUACAUCAGGUGCUUUCUAGGCAGGAUUACACAUGCAGUUUCAGUUACAGAGCAUUGUCCUUUUCGGCUGUCCGAAGGGUUAGGCUAUGCAUCUUUCUUUCAGUAAAGGCCAAGACCAUUCUUAGAUUCAUUUCUGGUUUCAGGGCAGUGCUGCAGUGAGCUGCUGGCCAGGGAUUUAAACCCUGAGGAACAAGUCCUGUCCCCCCAGCACAGGCCCAGUCCCCUCUGUUCCUCUCCUCUUGAUACCAGGUUCAUACACAGGCACACAGACAUCUGUUUCUGAGGUCUGGUACCUACUGUGGAAUGAUAAUAAAUCCCUAAAUUGAGCCAGUUGCUUAACUCUCGACCUUACUCUAAUGUGUCAGUCAACCCAAGCAAGUUGAUGGAAACUUUUAGCAGCUUUGGGUUUGGCCAAGUGUGGAGUUGGAUUGGGGUCUGUAGAGAUGCAGUAGUCAGGAGCCCACGGCUGCUUCAUUUUCUCAGCAUUGUCUAGCAGAACUGUGUUGGUGGAGAGUAGGAAAGAAGAGAGAAAGUGCACAAAUGUGUAGUACAACACAUUUGAGUUUGGGUUUUGGUUUGGGUUUUUUUGAGUGGGAUCAUAAACUCUAUUAUUUGUUAUUGACCCCUCAAAUUUCUAAACUGUUAUACUUCGAAGGUAUUUGUAAGCUCUCAAGGAGCACUUCUGAGUGUGUGUGUAUUUUUUUAACUUAUUUUUUUAUUAUAGGUUGUUCAGAGAAGAGUCAGGGAGAUCCAGUAUGAUCAAAAUCUAGCCAAUAAGUGUCCACACUGCCCAAAUUUGUUCUUGUGUUCAGGUCUCUGAUCAUUUUAAUUAAUAGUGGCUUAGGUUUGUGAACUUCAAAGCUGCAACCCUGCAGAUGGUUCAGUUUGGGCAGACCCACAAGCUUGCACACAUCUGAUUCUAAUGGGCCAAUAUAAGAGCAGAUGGUUUCCACCAAAUCACUCCCUGCAGGAGAUCAAGGCUGUAGAGAAGAAAUGUCAUUUCCUGGUUGCCAUAUCCCAAUCACAUUAUAAGCAUUUUUUGUAUUUGCUUUCUUUUGAGUGCUUCUUUCCCCCAUAAAUUGUAACACAAUAUGCCAAUAAUGCACUGGAUUGGGUUCAGUGACACACAUUGCUGAUUUUUACUAGUAUUAAAAUAUCUGCUUACUCAUGGGGAAAAAGAAAAUUAACUAUAAUAAAUAAUUAUUAAAUAGCCUUCCCUGAUUAAUGUCAGAAGAUUGAUUUUUAAAAAUUACAGUAUCUACAGAAUGUAUUAAAAUACUCUUUUGCAGCAAAUUGUGAAAUUUAUUAAUGUGCCCCAGCCUUUCCAGUUCAGAAGUCUUAAUACUUCCCAAAAUAGCACAAUCGAUCAUGCAGUGCUGUUGUAUGUUGAGUCAGAAUAAAGCAAUAUUUUAACCUCUGUCAAGUAAAUUUGGAAAAGAAAUGCUGGAAGUGUAUGUCAUUUUUUUCUUUUGUUAAGGCAGUAAAAAAAACCCUAUUAUUCAUGAGUCUUCAUUCCGCAAGUCUUAUUUUGGGUUUCUUUUGCAUUUUUGUUUUUUCUUAAAGGAAAGUUGAUGAAAUUGUCUUGUUUACGGAACUUUCUAUGACUUUAAUCUUUGCUGUGUGUUUUCAGUAAAUAUAUAUUUGAGGGCAAAUGAUGCGUUAUGCCCCAGGAUGGAGCGUGCCUCAUUCAGACUCCCUUCUUCAAAGACGCAGAGCUUUUGUUGUAGCAGUAAGGUGGGAUCACUGUGAGGCGUGGUCUCACGCUGAUGUCUCACCCUGAUGUGAUGCCACGGUAUUUUGUAGCUGGGUGCAACCUCAAUGUGCAUGAGGUGAGCUGACAACAGUGGGGAUGGCCUCUGAAAGAUAAGGUGUGUGUUAGGUGGGGCUCAGCUUCGCAUCCCUACAAUCAUGUGACUCUUCUGUCACACCGUGUACAUCCCACCCGCUCAGGACAUAAGCAAAGUGAGCUUGCCUCUGCCCAUGAGCCCUGUGAAUAUACUUGUAAUAUAAAAACUGACUACUAUAAAAAGCUCUGAUUCAGUAAUCUUGGAAAUGUGAUCACAGUUAAUUAAUUGGUCACCAUUAAUUUCAUCAAGAGAUGGUCUUUCUGCAAUAAAAUUGCAGAAUGCUGCCCAAAGAGAUGUUUCAAAAUUAAAUAUUUUUAAUCCAGAUGCAAGGCCUUCUCGCUUCCAAAUCCUACCAAAUUCUGUUAAUUCAUCUUUGGCACUUUAUUGGAAACACACGGCAAGAUUUCUGUUGAAGAAAGAACCAUAUCAUAAGCAAUGCCUUUAUGGAGAGAAUGUGUUCACUCAGCACUCCUGAAAGACCAAGAAAGAGGGGAAGAGCAAUGUACUUAAGAGAAUGAAAUGUUUAACUGAAUGACAGAUGAAGAUCUGAAAUGGUGAGGAUAUUUUCAGUUCAUGUUAGAGAUGCGAUCUUGUACUCAGCAAAGGAUGUGUGACUGUUAUAUGUUAACUGUUCUAUUCAGUUUUCAGCAUGUUUGAAUAGAGAGACGUUAAUAUUAACCAUAUGACAGACUAGUGUAUUAUUUGUUAAGAGUAUUGCUUCAGAUCCUAUUGAAACUGUCAUUGUUUGCAGAGGAAAAGAAAAAGGUUUGAAAACAUCAAACUGGGUAGCCUAAUGUUGUUUGUGUGUUUCUCUAAUGCAACUAUUUUCCUCCAAGGAUCUUCUGUUUUACAGUGAAUGGGACAACAUUUUCUCUGAGGUCUGACGAGUAAUUAUGUAGAGGACACAAAAGAAAGUUGUACUGCAACAGCUGAAAUGGUAGGCCAGAGUUUGCUUUACUUCUGACUCUAAUGUUCCCGUUGGACUCAGUGGCUGAGAGGAGAUGCCAGUCAGUGCAAACCGCAGUUCAUUCCUAAAGCUACAGCUGUUCCCAGACUUAGAAACAGAAUGUAAUCCCCUAAAAGAGGCUCUGAACUCAUUUACCCAUAACAUAAUUAAGACUUAUAUCCGACCUAUGAAGUUCAGGUGUAGUCUGGUGUGAAAAUUCACACACGCAGCAUUAAACUUCAGUAAACUGGGAGCUUUCUUGGAAGUCGACAAAGAAAGCCUCUCUCUUCAGCAUGAUAUUGCGGAGCAGAAUUAUGAGAGGUGUGUAUCCUGAUUUUUUUAAUUUAUAGCAUUUCUUCAAAACAAUCCAAAAUAACCUUAAGAAAAAACAGUACAAUGAUCCUAGCAUUUUAAAUAGGAAAUGUAGGUGAGUAUGGGCACAUAUCAUAGCGUUAAGCGCCGGAAAACUCUUUAUACCACUGAAAACCUCUUGAUGCAAACCUGAGGUGUUACAAUCCUUGCAGGACUACAUUUAGAUCGACAAACACAUCCAUGGAAAAAGAGGUCUCAGGAUGCUUUUGGUAUCUAACCAUGCUCUCAGCUGAUGCAGUCAAUGCAGCAUGACAGAUUCUAAGUAGAGGAUCGUAUCCCAGAUCUCUUCUACUUGAUGUCAAAUAUAGUGUCACAAAGCUUAGUGGCUUACCACAUGAUGUAAGGACUUCUAUGCCGAUUUAUGGAGCUGCCUUCAUUUUGCUUAUGAAAAUCGUACAUCAGUGUGUGAACACCCUCCCUCGAAUACGGUGCAAGGGUCAUUGAUCAAGUGAUUGAUUUGUCAGCCUUGUCUUUUACAGGGGCUGAGUAUCACUGACCAAGUUCAAACAGCAAUGAACUUCCUACCACAUGGCCGAUUCCAAUGUUAUUCAUCAAAAUCCUACAGCUUCAGGGUUAACUUUUGAAAAAAACAAGAAGUCAAUAGCAUAUGCUUAUGAUCGGGUGUGGGCUAGAUAUGCUCCUGAAUCAAAGUGUUCAAUCAAAUAACUCAUGUUUACUUCUCAUGUAAGCAGGGAGAAAGUCUCAAUUCCUCUUCCCAAUUCAUCCCCAGCUUCUCUUAGUCUAAUUUUGGACAUUACUUGAACACUUCUCACUCUUAUAAGAAAUUAUGAAAAUGAACCAAAGAACUGUUUCAGAGUCCUAGCUGCAGUAAAUAAAAUUAAAGCUUGAAGGAGCAGAUCUAGAAUAAAUAGUGAUUUUGAAAAUGCCAUAAAUAUAAAUUGCCUUUCAAUAAAAUGGAAUUUCUCUAGAAACUUUUCACUUGGGAAACCAGUGAGUUUUUAAAGUGAUUAUUAUCUUGGCAUGAAUGUAAAGUGGUCAUCUUCAAGUAGAUUGGGAAAACACAACUAUUUAGCAUAGAUUUUUCAGCUUUUGUGAUUCUUUUUAUUUUAUUUCAGUAGCCCAACAGGUCAAUGAUCCCGUUAUCUGUAUUAUCUAAAACAUAGUCCUGAAAGCCAUCUCUGUUCCUUUUUUUGGCCCAAAUGCCAAACUGUUAGAUUUCCUCAAAGAGAAUACGAUUUUAUCUGAAGUGUAUUAAAAAAUUAUUCAUAGGAUAAUGUAUUUCUUGCUGAAAAUGUAAGGUGAGGCAAACCUUUUUCUUUUUGUGCUGCCUUAUUACUGUAAGUUCAUAGUGAAAUUGUUCUCCCUCUAUUUUGCUGUCUGCUUGCAUGAAAAUGACUGCAACACCCAGUUUUCAGGUUUUAGAUUUGGUGUUUCCAAAUCAUUUCAAAGAAGAGGUUUGUUCUUCAAAUAGCAAAGUUCAUACGUGAGACAUAAAUGACAUAGUUACAAAACCAGUAAACAUUAAUGAGGAGGGGUGGGUGUUUUUAUUACAUACCAAUUAGUAGAUUGGGCCAUGGAAAUUUGUAGUUUCUUGCAAGAGAUGCGGUCACAGAUUGUCUUAAUGGCAGUGGAAAGCCAUCACAGUAGCCCAGGACUGGGCAAGUCUGCCGUGGAGGAGAACAGUCCUCCACAGCGUACACUGCAGUUGGUAAAAAUGCUUUCAUCUUAAUAUUAAAACACAGAUCUAUUAAUCUGCUGAAACUGCCAAAACCUGAAUUUAUUUAAUGACCAUGCUGGGUGUAUUUACAAGAAGGAAAAGGGACAGACAUUUCUGAAUUUGUAAUGCUUAUACUGUACUUUGAAACAAAUGUAAUUAUGUUUUGAUUCUUUAUUAUUAGAGCAGUUUUUUCCAUGCCUGCUGCAGGGGCAGAGCAAUGAGACACCACCAACAGGCUCCACUGACUCUCACUUUCUUGAAAAGAUUUUAGCAGUCUCCUCUCAGGUUAACAGUCCUGUAAACAAGGAGCAAUUGCCUAGUACCCCACACAGCAUUCUUUUGAAACUGCCCAGAUAAAAAGUAAAAAUACAGGAAGACAACUUAUAUUUAUAUAUAUAUAUUUUUUUUUUUUUCUGUGAGGAACUAUAAUGUUUUAUAGCUAUAAUGGAGAGGGGUUUAGUGAUGACUGAAGAAUGUAAAUAAAGUAUAGAAUAUAACGUAUUAUAACUGGCAUGGAAAUCCUGUAUUUGCACUGUAGCUUUUAGUAAUAUAUUCUCUAAAACCAUCAGGAGGAGACCUACAUGUAGUUAAUAUUUCCUUUUUCCUUUACAGUGGCCAUGGUCUGUACCACAUUGCUGUAGUGACUGGGCAUUGAUGUACUCAUGUCCUUAUUCCUUGGUCUUGCAUUGCAAGGCCCAUUUCAGAGCUCUUAUUCCUACUCUGGUUUUACUGAAAUCACUGAAUUUGUAAUGGUUCAGCAUCUUUAUUUAUGUUCGAUUUUACCUUGCCCUCAGAAUCAAGAAUAUAAUUUAUAGCCUAAUGUUUGGGACACCAGGGAUGUCCACCGAGUAAAUGUAAGGCCUAAAACGUUCAAAAUUUUAUACACUUAAAUUUAUCUGCUUUGAGUAGACCCAACGGGAAAUCUCUCCCUCGAAGAAGGAUUUAUGCAGCCUGUGCUGCAAGGCAUUUUCCUGUAGUUUCUUCGUAUCUGCCGGAAUCAAUGUUUCCAGUCUGAGUCAGCCACUCUCUUUGGUUUCUCCUGCCCAGCACUGUGAGAUUUCAGACCAGAGGCCUCUGACUUUUUUUAGAGUACCAAAGACCAGAAGUCAUCUGAAGUGUCCUGAGCUAGAGCUUCAGAUGUGACUUUCUGUCCCUUAAUACUAAGAUGUCUCCAAAGGUUAAGUCCUCUUAACAUGCAUUGCAUUAAAUUAGGUAAUAUAAAUAAUGCCAAAGUUCAUAAAAUUAAGAGUUAUAUGGCUAAUGUUGUUUAGUGUUUGUCUUGCUUUAAAGGAAUAUGGAAUGAGAACUCUCAGUGGUGUAAAUAUUUGGAAACUAAAAAUACAAAUAAUAUAAUAAUAGAAAAGAACUCAAAGAAUAUUUACUGUUGUAAAAUAAAAACAUAGUUCCUUGCUUUCUCUAAAAUAAAGAGGAGCAGCUGAAGAUUAUCGAGAUGCAUCAGGGAAAUGAAAGAAGACUCAGGCCAUUGUGUGAGUUGUGCCGGUAAUAUUUCCAAGUGCUUUUCCUAAGGGAUUCAGGCUUAGAGUUUCCCUUGCUUGACCAUACUUUAAGAUAAUGUUUCUUUCAUAAUCUAAAGCUCAUUCCUAUACAGAGCUGAGGCAAGUAUUGUGUAUCUCAGCAUAAGCAGGACAGAAAUACAGCGUGGGUUUCACUUCGGGUUUCUGACUCAAGAGAAAUUCUUUUGCUUUAGAUUAUCUCUGAUCUCUUGCAGGAAAGAAUACAUGAGUAUUCUUAAAAAAAAAAGGUAUGAAUGCUCAAUGGCUUCUUUUCAAAAAUCUACCAAUUGAGAGUAAAGUUUGGAGCCAUCUGCUGAACUGGAAUGUUCUAGAAAUAGCUGAGAUUUUGACUGUUCUUGAUGGAAGGAACAGCAGCGGGCAGAAGUAUUUCCACCCCCACCACCCCAGCAAGAUGUACACUGUGAACUUUUACUGGAGAAGAGGGUAGGGACCUUUUUCUGGCUGUGGCACAGCUUUUCCCAUGGGUGAGGAGGGACGGAUUUUGCACUGGGCCAGGUCACAUCAUCUGAGAAAUUGCCUUAUUUUUAUUUCUUCCUUAGAUCUCUCACAUGUCAGUGAAACUGUGGUCAUCGGCACUAGUUUGUUUUUAUGUUAGUAGAUUCCAAAAUCUGGGAACUUUAAAAUGUUGAAUUUUGGAAGUAGAGACUACCAAAAAGUAAAAUUUCAUCUAGGAUUUUUUUUUAAACCAUCUUUACGUGAAAUGCCUGUAUUAUGGUCAUUAUUUUUUAAAUAAAUUUGAUGUUAUGAUUCUAAAUUACAAAUAUUUAGAUUUACAAAAUGAUAACAGGGCAUGCACAAGAUCUGUGUUUCAUGUUUCUCUCCAGAUCUGGUUGAAGAUGUCCCUGCUUGUCGCAGGGUAGUUGGUCUAGAUGGCCUUUAAAGGUCCCUUCCAUUCUAACCGUUCUCUGAGAAGCGUGUUCAAAUUAAUUCUUCUGUGUAUCAGAUCACCCAACACAUGCUGGAGAUUUCUAUGCACAUCAAUGGCAACUUUGAGUUUUACAUGGAAAGGUAAAUAAAACUCAUCUAUUUGCAAUGAAAAAAAUGGACUGUAUAAAAUUUCUAAGUCAGAUGCCGGUGUCGUAAAAGUGGCAGCUGUUUCACUGAAAGCGCAGUUAAUGUAAAGGGAAUGAGGCUCCCAGAGGAAGAUAUUUAUGGUGGCUCAGCAGUUGAGCUGACUGGAAUAAAGCCCAGGUCUCCAGCUCCACUGUGCUAACCUGUGCCCCCUUCUAAAGCUGGCGUGCCCCAUGCCCCAGGGUGUCUGCAGCUCCUCCACUAGUGACUCUUCUAAAAGGCAGCAUCAGCACUGAGUCCUGUGAAGGCUCCUCUCAUUAAAUCCAAAUGAAAUAAUAUGAACUAAAAAUUGGCAGGACUGAUUCUCAUUUGCUGUCAGGUUAUACAGAGUGUCAGCACUGGUGCUGAUCUACAUUUUCUGAGGCUGCCGCUCAUGGUUUGUCCUGACCCAUGAGUUCACACUGCCUGAGCUAGAACAACCCGAGCAGAAAUCUCUCUGCCCAUCAGGAUAACUUCAGAAUAGCAUUAAAGCAGUUUGGUUCCACCUAACCUCAUCUUUUAUGCUUCAUUGCAUAUUCUGCUUGAUUAUUGCAGAGGCGAAUCUGCUUCCAAAGUCUCGAAGUUGUCAUCGCUGCUCUGUCUUUGCCACCCUGGUUAACUGGUUGUGAUUGCUCAGCUCCAGCCCUGACAGUUGUGUAGGGUUCUCCAGUUUUGCAGAUCAGAGGUGGGUCUUGCAGUCCAACAUCAUGCAGGUGUACGAGCAAAACUCUCCAUAUGUCUUGUGCUGCAAUCAUAGGCAUUUGUAUCAACUGCCCGGUUGAUCUUUCACAUAAUCAGUUUUAUUUAACAAAGCUAUCUUUAAUAUAGUUUUCUGUCCAGCUUCUCUGUAUGUUGAGAAGCAGUGAAGGCAAAUUCAACCUCCCUGCGUUUUCAUCUCAGCUAAUGAUGGUAGGGUUUUUUCCAAACAGCUCUGACUUCAGAGGAGGAAUUGAUACCCUGGCAGGUGAGGGUUAUUCUGUGUGUGCACUUACCUAGUCUGUCUUUCUUCCUAAGAAAUCUUUUUCUGAGUCAGUGUACCUAAAAACACUUGAAGCAUUAAGCAUAGUUAAGGCAAAAGGUGUGCUCUGCCUUCUCCGCAGAGGGGACAGAAGCGUAAGUAAGGGCUAAUUACCAAAAUCCUUUGCAGCUAGUUCCACUACUAUUUGCACAGACUGGUAAUACUAGAAUGACUCGGUAUGGUUUGAUCAGAUAUAUUUGCAGGCUGUAAUAUAUAUAAACUGGUAGCCUGUUUUAAAUGGUCAGUGGUUUGCAGCAUCUCAGGAUGGACUUUCAGAGUGCUUAGAACAGAAUUUACCACUCUCCUUAACAUGCACCUCAGUUUCAUUUGACUAACGGACAUUUCUAUCACAAAGGCAGCAGUGACACCACAUUGCUGGAGAUGUGGGGCCUCGUAACUCCCUGGCAAUCAGAGCAAACCAGUCCUUCCUUCAGCCUGGCAGGCAGCACUCCAGGCUGUGAGGGAGCAUCCUGCAGGCUUGGUCUCUUUGUCAGACCAGGAAUUGACACUGGGCAUCACAGUAGGAGAGGACUCCUAAGCUAAAAAUUAUAAAACUCACCCAGAACUGAGAGAAAAUGGUGACUUAGAAAAGAACUACAAAUGAGAGUCCUGUACGGAUGGGUAACAAAGUUGUGAUUUUAAUUUCCCUUUCUCCAGUAGGUAGCAGAAUAAUUUUGUGUUUACAUUAAUUUCAAGCUGUCUCUAGGUGGCUUCAGAGAAUAAGGAGAACACAUCGCUGUGCCAAUGCCUGUGCUCCAGGAAGGUACUAAAGCUCAUGGUCUGCUUUCCAUCCCUAUGGAUAAGAUCUAACUGGCGGCACUUUGCCUGUCUUCACUAGUUAGCUGAGGGAAGACCAGGCAGAGGCCUCCACUGCUCCCUUACUGGCUGCCGAUGCUGCCUGGAGCCAAUUUCCAUAAUAAAAGCACCUAAAAAUGGAACAAAGGUGAUGGAAAUAUGGGUUGUUCACUGUGAAUAUCCAGCUGGGACAGUUGGAAUAACUGCAAGGGAAGCAUUGCCCUUGCAAAUCAUGUGCCUGAUUUAUUGGUUCAAUAGUUAUUUAGUCCUUGCUAUUUAGUCAAGAACAUUAAGAUGUCCAAAAGUAAAAGUGGAAUGAUUUGUUCCCAGAAAUAGUCUUCAUGGUCACAAAUCCAAUAUUUCGGAAUUUUUGCUGAGCGCUAACCAAAUGGAGUGAGUCAAGCCUCAUUUAAGUAGAUGAACUUUUAUUGUAGAGUUAUACCUGAUUUCAUGCUUUCCUUUAUUGAUCACUAGAUCUUUUCCCUAUCACAUAAUGUUUACCUUAAAAGUGAUCUGUAGAUAUGCAUGAAACAGCACCUAGUGUGGACAUGAAGUCUGAACGUUCUUAAUGCAUAGAGAGAGUCUUGUGAAACCUUCUUUUUAGCAGCUGGAAGUCUUGAACCAUUCACUGAAAUAAGACGACUAAAAUAUCAUCAACAUUGAUUCUGCUGUCAAUAAAAUCACUGAUAAACACUUGAGUUGGAUUUGGAAUUUCUGAAAAAUAUAUAUAUAUGUAACACUGCAUACACAAACUUGUUUUAGAACACCAAUAUGAAUGCUUAAACUUAAUUUUAUUCAUCUAAAUAGCUGGAGAGAAUAUCCAGUUAACCACAUAGCCUGAACACAUUGAAGAAGAGGGGAAAAGGUGUUUAUUUUCAACUGUGUUUGUUUUUUCACUGGUAAAACCAGAAAUAAAAACAGAAGAAAAAUAAUCAUAGUGCCUAUGACAAAGAUUGUGCUUCAAGGAGUGUACGAUGUAUACCAUGAUUACUUUAACUGCAAAUGAAAGCUGUUUUUAGACUGGGUUUGGUUGAAAGGAAAUAACCUUAGAAAAAUUGUCACGCAGCAUCCCAGAAAAUGUUUUGGUUUGGUAUGUUUGGCCUCCGUUUUUGUGGAGCUGUACAUUCCUGUCCAUGGUUUUAAAGGAUAAAAAAAGAAUUGGUUUCAGAAUCAAUCUGUAUUUUGA